AUGUACCUCAAGGUCCGGGAAGUGUUGGACAUCGAGCUCUACUGGCUGGUGAACUUCAACAUGGACGUUCUGACCAAGUGCAACGAGGCGAAGAAAGAUGUGUUCGCUUCUGGUCAAGGACGUCUUCCAAGUGACGUCAACCUUGCUUGUAGCUUGCAACCGGUGAUGGAUGCUGCUGGGAGUGGCCGGUCCGGCCUGGACUUGGAUGAAGGUGAGUUGGAAAGGAUCAGACAGAGGGUCCUACGUGAGGCUGAGGAGAACUUCAAGAUGGAGAUCAGAAAGCUGAAGGGUGAAGGUGGGACGGAUUCAAGGUCCUAUCAUUCGGCUUCGUCUGGUGGUGAUCAAGGAGCUCCUCAUGCGGCUCAAGGUGAUCGAGCUGGUUUGGGGUCGAGUACAACACCGUCCAGAGGGGAUCGCGUGGGCUUGGCUUCGAUGGCAACUCCAAUUCAUGGUGGAGCUGCAGUGAAUGGAACUCCGGGUCAAGGUCUUCAAGGAGUGGUUUCUCCUCCGGGCUUGGAUCAACGGGGAUUUCUUCAAGGUGGUGUUCAAGGUGGACAUGGGGAGUCGUUGAAGAGUUACGAGCUUCCUCCUCUACCUGUACCUGGUUCGGAAGGGGCCUCACUGGCCUUUGGAGACUGGCUUGCACUUGCCGGUCCACAAAUGUCGGACAUCGGAGCAAGGGACUUGCAGCAGGUGGAGAGUUCUACGGAUGGCCCAGUGGAUCGACUACGUCUACGUCCUGGGGAUGUUCUUCUUCCUGUGGAUUUCCAGCGGGUUGAACAGCGUGGGGAUUGUUAUCACAAAACAGCUUUGGGUGGCAUCAACGGCGGCGAUACCAAAACGCCGAGAAGGGUCAGUAAGAUCAAGGAAAAGAUGACUCCGGAGAAGGGUAGUCCUGGUGCAGCUCACUGGGAGAAGGUCGCCAAGGUGGUUGCACAGGAUGAGAUCAAAGGGGCAUCAACGGAUGGGGUUGCAGCUGAAAAAGAGCCUGUGAAGGUUCCGGUGUCUGUUGCUCCUGCUCAAGUUCAAGAAGCUCCCAAGGAGACGGCGGCAGAUCUGAUGAAGGAGAAGCUGGGCAUGUACCUCAAGGAGACGGAGCGCAUCUGGUGGAAGGAGCACUUUCCGGAAGUCCCAGAAGAGGUGCUUCGACAUAUGGUGGGUCAGGGGGAGGAUCCAAUGGUGUGGACAUGCCCUUGGAAUAGAAGGCAGCGUCGGGGACAUCGUCAAGGAAAGGGCGUGGUGGUGCACUUGUUCUCUGGGGCGGAUCCAUCGGUUUGGACCAAGGAGAACUGGGGGAGCUACCAGUGCAUCUGUGUAGACACAGCGAUGGGUUCCCAAUUCAACAUACACCAUCUUGGAGUGUGGGCCUACUUGUGGAAGCUUGCAGAGGGUGGCUUCAUCAAGGCAGUGAUCGGUGGCCCACCUUGCAGGACCACAAGCCGAUUGAGAAAUCGUGGUCCUCCGGGACCCAGGCGUCUCCGUGGAAGAGAUGAUGAGCGGUGGCACCUGGAUCACCUGGAUCCCUUCGAGUUGGAACUGGUCAACAGUGACAGCGCGCUGAUGUUGAAGCACAUGGCGCUGUGGGUGAAGUCAAAUGAAUGCCGGACUCUGCCAAUGGAGCCAACUGGUUUUUUCAUGGAGUCCCCCGAGGAUCCCAAGGACUACUUGGAGGAUGAGGAGGAAGCCAAGAUUUGUCCGAGCUUCUUCAACUUCAAGGAGGUGCGAGGUUGA